GUUCAUUACUACAUGUAGCUCAUGUAGUGAAAACAAGAAAUACGGCAAAUACUUGUCUUAGAUAAUAACACCCGUCAAAAAGUUUUGAUCGUUCCAUUUCUUUGUAAAAUAUUGUUUUCUACUAGUAUCUAUCAUUGUAAACUUCAACAAGCAAACAUGGUAGUCUUGUCCAAACCAGCCAUUGAGCACUUGUCCAAAGCGAAUAACUGCAAACCAACCUCAUUCUUCAAUGGUGUUCCAUUGAUUGACCUCUCAAAACCUGACUCUAAAAACCUCAUUGUUAAGGCCUGUGAAGAAUUUGGAUUCUUCAAAGUCGUCAACCAUAGCGUCCCUACGGAAUUCAUAACUAAACUUGAAUCCGAAGCCAUUAAUUUCUUCUCCUCUCCCCUCUCUCAGAAAGAAAAAGCUGGACCACCCGACCCUUUUGGCUAUGGGAAUAAGCAGAUUGGACCCAAUGGUGAUUUGGGUUGGGUCGAAUACAUUUUUGUGGCAACAGACUCUGAAAUCAGUUACCACAAAUUCUCAUCUAUAUUCGGUGUAAACCCGGAAACAAUACGCACUGCAGUAAAUGAUUAUGCGUCAGCGGUGAAGAAAAUGGCAUGCGAGAUUCUUGAAAUGUUGGAAGAGGGAUUAAAGAUUCAUCCGAGGAAUGUUUUCAGUAAGCUUCUAAUGGACGCAAAGAGUGACUCUGUUUUCAGGCUCAAUCACUAUCCCCCUUGUCCUGAGAUUCAACAAUUCAGUGACCAUAAUUUGAUUGGAUUUGGAGAGCAUACUGACCCGCAAAUCAUAUCUGUAUUGAGAUCCAACAACACUUGCGGACUUCAAAUAUCACUCAAAAAUGGACACUGGAUUUCUGUCCCACCUGAUCCAAAUUCUUUCUUCAUUAAUGUUGGUGAUUCAUUGCAGGUGAUGACUAACGGGAGGUUUAAGAGUGUAAGGCACAGGGUAUUGGCGAACAGUGUGAAAUCAAGGCUAUCAACGAUAUAUUUUGGAGGACCGCCAUUGAGGGGAAAGAUAGCACCUUUGGCAUCAUUAAUGGAAGGGGAAGAAAGCUUGUACAAAGAGUUUAAGUGGUUUGAGUACAAAAAAUCUGCCUAUAAAACUAGACUGGCCGAUAAUAGGUUGGUUCUAUUUGAGAAAAUUGCAUCCAAAUAAUAUUUUUUCUUAUAUAA